AUUAACAUUUCCAGUUUUGUCCGAAACACACACACACACACAAUCUCUCUCAAUCUCUCUCUCCCACGGCUUCUGAGAAAAGGGAUUCUAGAGAGAGAAACAGAAGAUGGUGUUUUAGAAAGAUGUAAAGCAAAGACAACAGCCAUUCACACACAUCUCUGCUUCAAGUAGAUUGUCAAGAGGAAGAAUGUGUGUUGUGCUCAAUUUUUCAAUGUCGGUUGCGAUUUCAAACGAUCUGUCUCGAUCUUUGCUUUGAUUUUGCUUCUAGAGGGUGAAUUUGGCUGGAUUGAGGUCGGAGGCGUGGUUAGGUACAUUAUGUGUAAGAUCUGAAGACAUGUGGUUUGUGGAUUGCUUUAUUGGAAUUUUAGUUUGCUAAAGAGGGGCAGCAGGUUUUGAUUGUAUGAUAUACGAUUCUUGAGAGAGGAAAGAUGAAGUCGGAGACACCUAUUGACUAUGCUGUGUUCCAGCUAUCCCCUAAGCGUUCACGAUGUGAAUUGUUUAUUUCUCGUGAUGGGAAUGUAGAGAAGCUUGCUUCAGGGUUGUUGAAGCCAUUUGUGGCACAAUUGAAGAUUGCAGAGGAACAAGUUGCUUUGUCAGCUAAGUCAAUUAAACUCGAGGCGGAGAAUUACAGAGAUGGAGAAAGGUGGUUCACUAAGGGUACACUUGAAAGGUUUGUGCGAUUUGUUAGUACGCCUGAAGUCUUGGAGAUGGUUAAUACCUUUGAUGCAGAAAUGUCGCAGCUGGAAGCAGCUCGAGUCAUUUAUUCACAGGGAGUGGAAGAUCAUACUUCAAGUACAUCAGGGAGAGAUAGAAGCGGUGCUACAACAGCAGCAGAUGCAACAAAGAAAGAACUUCUGAGAGCAAUUGAUGUGCGACUUGCUGCAGUUAAGCAGGACAUAGCCACAACCUGUGCUCGUGCUGCUGCUGCUGGUUUUAAUCAUGACAGUGUGUCAGAACUCCAAAUAUUUUCAGAUCAGUUUGGUGCCUAUCGCCUUAAUGAUGCUUGCAACAAAUUCUUAUCUCUGUGUGAGAGACGGCCUGACCUGAUGAACUCAUGGAACUCUGGAGUAGAUGACAGAACAGUACGAUCUUCGUAUGGAUCUGACAUGUCCAUUGACUAUGAAGCGACCAAAGAACAAAUCCCGGAUGAGCAAUCUGGUGAGCAAUCAAAGCUCUCCUCGUGGCAGCAGCUCAACUCUUCUUCUCCCACAUUCUCUGUUAGACGUUCUAGAGAGUGCAGCACUGAGAGAGACGACACAAGUAGUGCACUAGAGAAGAAAGAAGAGAGCAGUGGUGAGGUUGAGCCUCUGAAAACUCAGCCUGGUCCGCCUGCAAGGCGGCUCAGUGUGCAGGAUCGGAUAAGCUUGUUCGAGAACAAACAAAAAGAGACCUCUACUGGUAGUGGUGGGAAGCCCGUAGUUGCAAAGUCUUCUGAGCUUCGAAGACUGUCCUCUGAUAUUUCUUCUGGUUCCACAGCAGCUGAGAAGGCCGUAUUGAGGAGAUGGAGUGGUGUCAGUGAUAUGAGCAUUAGUGUCGACUUAAGUGACGAAAAGAAGGAAGUUGACAACCCAGGAUGCACAUCAUCUCUAGCCUCAGCUCCUCAGCCCAAACCUGAUGACAGGAAGAACUUGCAUAGUGCUGCCAGUUUCGAUAAGCCUGAAUUCAGGAGUAUUCCUGGUAUUGUUUGCGAAGUUGGGACAGAAGACCAAACGGCUGUUUCUGUUAGAGAGGAGGGCAAUUCUAAAAAGGAUUUUGUAAAUCCCAUAAUACCCAUGGUGGCUUCUUCUGGACGAACAGGGGAUUCAUGCGAGUCUGAAAAUUCUGAUCUUAUCCUUAAGACAUCCAAAGUUCAAGAUAAGAAUUUGUCAAAUACAUCUUCUAGUCAGGCUGGGGUCAAGGACCAACCAACUUCUGAAAGCCAAUCAAGAUCUUUCUCCUUUGACAGGGCGGAUCGGUUUGGUUUCAAGAAACAUGGGAGGUCUAGGAGUUCUUAUGGUAAUGAUGAGCAACAGGGGACCAUAGAACAGAGUGGAACUCUAGAUCAAGCAACUUCAGAGAUGCAGAUUGCUAAUCUGAAAAAAGGAGGUCUCUCUGAGAUGAAACCUGUGACCUUUGCAAGCAAGAGUAGCAUCAGUUUAACUGCAAAGGAAUCAUAUCAACCAUCAGGAGAUCACAUUGUGGACAGAGAGGAAGAUCUUGGAUCAAUGGAGCAAUCAGCUCCGCGCUCACGACUAAGGGCCCCUGUGAAGACAGCAAUGGACUCUCGACAAUCUGAUGGUGGAUCAAAAAUUCGAGAAGCCUUUUCAGCUCAAUAUCGAGGUUCCUUGGGUGAUCCAUUAGCUUCUCAAGUUAGCAUGGAGUCGAUAAAAGAAACUGAGGAAAUGAAGAAGCAAGCCUUGGCCUCAUCUGAGAAGCACUAUGCCAGUCCUAUACUCAAAAUUGAAGAUUCUGGGAUUCCAAAAAACGUGUUCCAGAAGCAAGACCCUGCACGUGAACAUACCCGGAAGUCUCAGAAAAGCACGAGCAGUUCUGUUCAUGGAAAUAAUAAAACAUCGUUCUCUGGUAAGAUGGCUUUUAAAGACCAGGAAGAUAUAUUCACAACUCCCGAGACUGAACAACUUCAGAGGAUAAGGCAAACCAAAGGUAAUCAGGAACUCAAUGACGAGCUGAAGAUUAAAGCAAAUGAGCUUGAGAAGCUCUUUGCUGAACAUAAACUUCGAGCCCCUGUAGAGCAGUCUAAUUCUACCCGAAGGAGCAAGCCUAAUGACAUGCAGACUGAACAGGUGUCAUCAAGCUUACCAGAGAGAAAACAAGUUGAAGAUACUACUCCGCAAUUGCUGGACAAAAAUAUGAUCGUCUCCUCGGGUAGCUUAAGCAACAUGGAAAAGCUUAAUGAGGGUUUGCAUGUUGAUUUUGCUGAUAACCAGAAUUACAUGGACAAUGUGAAAUAUAAUGUCUCUGACUUUGGCUUAUUGGAUGAAUCAAGAGGCAAAUGUUAUGAUACAUAUAUGCAGAAAAGAGAUACAAAACUAAGGGAAGAAUGGGGUUCUCGAAGAACGGAGAAAGAAGCAAAACUGAAAGAAAUGCAGGAUAUAUUUGAAUGCAGCAGACGAGAGAUGUGGGACAAAUUAUUAGGUUCGACAGAUAGAAAUGAUUCGGCAUAUAGUGCCCGUCGUCGUGCAGAGAGACUCCGAUCAUUCAAAAAUCAGUCAAGUUUGAAGAUUGAGCAGCCAGACUUCUUGCAAAGUGAUGAUGAAGAUCCGCUUGAGCUUGCAGAACAAAAAUCUUUUGGUCAAGAAAGUUCUAUUAAUGAUGCCUCUUUAGGGAAUGGUGCUUCUAGGAGUUCCCAGAAUAAGAGAGUUUUACCAAAUAGAAAUUUCUCAUCAUCCACACCCCGAAAUUUGGCGGUAGCGUCUUCAAGGUCAGCCUCCAAAGCUUCCAAUUCUAGUUUAGCAAGGAGAAGAAUGCAAUCUGAAAAUCCUCUUGUGCAAUCAGUUCCCAACUUUUCUGACCUGAGAAAAGAAAACACAAAACCGUAUUCAGCCGGUAGCAAAAUUGCCCGCCCACAAUUGAGAAACUACACCCGCAGCAGAAGCACCAACGAAGAGAUACCCAAUGUCAAGGAAGAGAAAUCAAGGAGGUCGCAGUCCGUGAAGAAGACCAGCAUGAAUCCUGCUGAAACUAAGGGCAUGUCUGCUUUUAACUCAGAUGCAGCGGUUUUGUCACCAAGAAAAUUUGACAGCGGGCAGACAGAACAAAGUCGCUAUGACAAACCUUUCCUUCAGAACAAAUAUAGUGGAGGACGUGGUGUUGGCGAGAUGAAGCUUAAGGCUUCAAUGUUCAAGUCUAUUGAUAAUGAUGAUGAAUCUGAUGAGUUGUCCUUUGAUCCAGAGGAUUCAGCAGCUUUAGUGAGAGAUGAAGAUGAUGAGGCAAGCUUAACUAGGACAGCUGAAGAGAAUCUUAGUAUGGAUCACAGAGAGGCAAGUGUAGGUCAAGAAUCUGCCAAGCUGAAUACUUCUGGAUCUGAAGAUGGAGAUGUGUUGCACUCAUCAUCUCAAGUAGACAAAUCCUUAUUUCCUUCUUCCACGCAUUCUACCCUGCAUGCUGUUGGGGCUGUGCAGGAAUCUCCUGGUGAAAGUCCUAUGUCAUGGAAUUCACGUGUACAACAUCCAUUUUCUUAUCCUCAUGAUGGCUCUGAUAUUGAUGCCUCUGUUGACUCCCCGAUGGGAAGUCCCGCAUCAUGGAAUUUGCAUCCAUUAAAUCAAACAGAAGCUGAUGCAGCUCGGAUGCGGAAGAAAUGGGGAAGUGCUCAGAAACCGAUGAUUGGAGCGAAUUUAUCGAGCACUCAAUCAAGGAAGGAUGUGAGUAAAGGAUUUAAGCGGUUACUGAAAUUUGGCAGGAAAAGUCGGGGCACAGAGAGCUUGGUUGAUUGGAUUUCUGCUACAACUUCUGAGGGAGAUGAUGAUACAGAAGAUGGACGAGAUCUUGCUAAUCGGUCAUCCGAAGAUUUAAGAAAGUCAAGAAUGGGGUUCUCACAGGAUCAUGCUUCAGAAGAAUCCUUUCGUGAAAGUGAUUUCUAUAGUGAGCAAGCCUUGAGAAGUUCAAUCCCAGCUCCUCCAGCUAACUUCAGAUUGAGGGAGGAUCAUCUGUCUGGAAGCUCCAUGAAAGCCCCCCGUUCGUUCUUUUCAUUGUCGUCAUUUCGAAGCAAGGGCGAGUCAAAACUUAGAUAAGCUCUGAAGAUGUUACUGGUUACAAUGUUAGUGGUCAUACCAUGAUAUGGUGUAAAGGAUGAUACCUAUAUUAACCAAAUGCUGUUGAGGUAUGAAGAGCUCGGUUGUCUGAUGUCGACAAUAGUAUUAUGUAUAUUAGGUGGAUAUGGGAAGCUCCUACAUAAUCAGGCCUUUUAUCUCUGAGAAGUGAUUGAAUAUUAUCUUGUACAUUUGUAUUGAGCAAAACAUCGCCAACUAGCGGAGUUGUUGUGAUUUUGGUAGGAAAGAGCAUUCCCAUUCCCCCCUUCGUUUGCAUUAAAUUUGUAUGUUGUACAUUUGAUAUUUUCACUCUUAAAUCAUAUGUUCAGAUUUUAUAGAGAGCUAUGUAAGGAAGAGUUUGAUGGCU